CUCCGUCCAGGCAGGCAUCCAACCACAUUCAAAUCUCCCCCUCCGCUCGCCAUCAUCUCCAUUCUCCUCUCCUCGUGAUUAUCCAUCCCCCCAAAUCCCUGCCCCCAACCAGCCUCCGAUCCAUCCGGCCCGAAUCGCCGCCGGGUUCUCCGCGCGGGGCGGGCGAUGGCGGGCGCGGGCGCGACGGAGGUGGAGAGGGCGCACGACCUCUACCGGGGCGGCCGCCACCGGGAGGCGCUGGAGCUCUACUCCGCGGCGCUGGCGGCGGCGCGGGGCCCGGUCCAGCGCAUCGCGCUCCACAGCAACCGCGCCGCAUGCUACCUGAAGCUCCACGACUUCCACAAGGCAGCAGAAGAGUGUACAUCUGUCCUUGAGUUGGAUAGGGAGCAUGCUGGAGCUUUGAUGUUACGUGCCCAGACUCUGGUUACUCUGAAAGAUUAUCAGUCAGCUCUGUUUGAUGUCAACAGGCUCAUUGAGAUAAAUCCAUCGUCUGAAGUAUAUCGGAACCUGCAGGCACGAUUGAAGACACAGCUAUCACUGGCCCCAAUUCCUGAGUGUGAAGAGGAGUCCAUGUAUCUUGAAGAAGAAAAGGAAGAACUUCCUCCAAAAGGACAUCAGAAGAUUGAGACUUCUAUCACUAAGCCUGACCAACCUGAAACUGAACUGGUUCUCGAGAACAAACCUCCAAAUGGACAUGUUCUCGAAAGAAAAUCUACAACUGAACCUCAGAAGGUUAAUGCUGCUCCCAUUCUGCUGUCAAAACCCCAGGGCUGGGAGGCCAUCCCAAAACCAAAGGGCCAUUCAGGUCUUGAUUACUCAAAGUGGGACAGUGUUGAAGAUGAUUCGAGUGAAGAUGAGGAUGAUGAUGAAGAAGAAGAGUUACCGCACUAUAAGUUUAAAGUCAGAACUGUUGGUGUGCGGUCCGUAAAGUGAACAAGAUUAGCAAUGUCCAAACUAUGGUCUGUGUAUAGUCUGACAGGAUGCCUACUGACCAGGGUGCCACUUAUCCAUCUUCAGUUGAAUUAUUUUGGAUGAACAACUAUACAUAUUGGUAGAUAUUUUGCUUCAGAACCAGGUGGCCCAAUCUCGAAAAUAAGCUCAGAUUCAAUGAUUUGUCCAAUACUCAAAUGCUGCCUGACAAUAAUUCUCAAGUCCAAGCAGAGCAAUUAUUUGUUUUUCGAAGCAAUGGAGAUGGAUAUGAUGGCAGGGUCCAUGAUGUACAAAGAUCCAAGCUAACACUACAGUAGCCCAGCGCAGUUUAGGAUCAUAGUCUCGUCUUGGCGAACCUGUGUACCUAGCGUCCUCUGGUUUUUGUUUGGACUAUAAUAUGAAACCGUCUUUGGCUACAUAAACUCCCUUUUCUGCAAGUUAAAUAUAUGAGGCAUGUGGUGUCAUGCGAAAUGUUUUCUUUUUU